AUGGAAGAAGCGGGAGUGUUAGAUUUGUAUGAGCUCCACUACUCUGAUUUGCUGCUCUUGUCAUCAACUUCUCCAUUACCAGAAGAGGUAGAAAGAGUUGAAACAAUAAAGAAAACCAUCAUGGAAAACCUAGGCCCAACUGGCCCAGGACUCCUUUCCAUCACUGGUGUCCCUAAAGCUUCCAUUCUUCGACAAAGGCUCCUCCCUCUAGCUCGCAAGCUUGCUCUUCUCGACCACGAUCGCCGCAAACACAUCCUCAAGGAGCACAACUUGGGGAGUGAUGUUCCUUUGAAGAAUCCAAAUAGAAAUGUGUCCUCGUUUGCAAUGCAACUCAAAUAUGCACAAGCUCUGGAAUCCGCUCUAGGUAAAUCCAAUAAUGGAAGUCAUUGUAGUUCGAAUUUAGAACCGGCUGAUCUGGAUGAUGAUGAAGUAACAGAAUCGCAGGAAAACGAAUUUGAGAAUCUUGCCGAUACCUUUAGAGAGCUAGGAUAUUGCAUGAUGGAGCUGGGACUUCGUGUUGCACAAAUAUGUGAUAUGGCUGUUGGUGGCCAAGAGUUGGAACAUAGCUUACUGGAAUCAGGGACAGCAAAAGGACGCCUUAUACAUUAUCAUUCAGUCCUAGACAACUUACUUAUAAAAGCAAGUGGGACAAGGAAGGGAUCCACCAGAAAGCAGGCUUAUGUUAAGAAAAACCCGGAGCUGUUCUUAAGAAGUGAGCAAACACAAUCAGAAGGCUCUAACUUGGUUGCAAAUGGUAAUGAAGUUGGAUCAUGGGGAAAUCAGGGAAACCUAUGGCAGCAGUGGCAUUAUGAUUAUGGUAUCUUCACUGUUUUGACAGCACCUAUGUUUUUUAUGCCCUCCCAUUUAUCAGAAAAUACCGCAGUGGAUCAAUUUCCAAUAUCUUGUGAUCAAGACUGCCCAUAUCCAAAUGGGCUUUCAUAUUUGCAAAUCUUUGAUGCCAAUAAAAAUGAUGUCCUCAUGGUGAAAACUUCCUCAGAAAGUUUUAUAAUUCAGGUCGGGGAAUCAGCUGAUAUCUUAUCGAGAGGGAAGCUUUGCUCGACCCUUCAUUGUGUGCGCAGACCAACAAAAUUGGAAAAUUUAAGCAGAGAAACUUUUGUUGUGUUUUUGCAACCUGCAUGGAGCAAAACUCUCUCAAUUUCAGAUUAUGAUAUUCAACAAUGCAUGUUAGGUGGUCACUCUUCUAAUGAGGGAAACGGCCAAACUGAGCAUGACUUGAAUAAAUUUUCUCGAGAAAUUCAUAAAAUUGUUCCCCCACUUUCGUUGCGGUUAAAGGAUGGGAUGACAUUUGCAGAAUUCUCUCGUGAAACUACCAAGCAAUACUAUGGUGGCAGUGGUUUACAAUCAAACAAUUAG